ACGCCUGGUGACUCGGUGCCCACUGCCUUGCCAGAUGACUCGGUGCCCGCUGUCGAGCCAGAUGACCUGAUGCCUGAUGACCUGGUGCCCGCAGUCGAGCAAGACGAUCCAAUGUCUGAUGACCCGAUGCCCGCUGUCGAGCCAGAUGGCCCGGUGCCUGCCGCCCUGCCUGGUUGCCCGGUGCCCGCCGCUCCGCCUGGGGGCCCGGUGCCUGCUGCUCCUUCUGGUGGCCCGGUGUCCGCCGCCCUGCCUGGGGGCCCGGUGCUCGCUGCUCCGCCUGGUGGCCCGGUGCUCGCUGCUCCGCCUGGUGGCCCGGUGCUCGCUGCUCCGCCUGGUGGCCCGGUGCUCGCUGCUCCGCCUGGUGGCCCGGUGCCGGCCGCCCUGCCUGGGGGCCUGGUGCCUGCUGCUCCGCCUGGUGGCCCGCUGCCUGCUGCCCUGCCU